GUGGGACGCACGAAUGAUAAGACCAAAGUGGCCAACCGGUGGUUUUGUUUUUCUUUUCUUUUUUCUUUUUGCAACAAUCGCCAACUGCUCCAAGUGGAUAGAUUCGAUCGAUUCCGACACCAAUCCCUGCCAAACAGUAGUACACACACACAGUCGGGCGACGGUUCACCCUCCGGGCUGCUGAAUAUCUUCCGGCUUUUCGGCCAUUAGUACGCGGUAUUUAGGCACAGUUUAGUGCUCGACACCCACAUUAAAAGGGGGUUCAUCUUAAGGUCAGGAAGUGAGUGCAACAGGAACAUAUUCGACGGUUGAUUACAUUACGACUGCCCAUUCGAAUGUGGGACGCCCCGGUCGGUGCAUUCAAGUGACAAUUACAGUUAAAAUUACUUGUUAAACAGUGGUGUUAAUGAAAAAUGAAAAAGAAGGACGUGACACACGUACACGCCUGAAUUGAAACGUAGCCAACCGGACGGCGCGAAUUUCGCAUAAAUAGCAAUCAAAUAAGAACCACCCUGAACUACGCAUCAUAAUUUUUAUCACACAUUUGUUGAACUUUUUUUUUGCACCCAUUUGAAUCGUGAACAAACAUCUGCUUAAUUGUGUGUGUGUGAGUGUGUGUGCUGGGUCGGAAGUGUGUGGGACGAGUUUUUUUUUCGGUCAACCCCGGCUAAAAUACAACCCCCCCAUUUUAUGUGCAAUCAGUUGACCAGCAGCAUCAUACGCACCGGCCCAGACACUAGUAGAUGGGCAGUGUGGUACGAGUGAAUUUGCAACAAGCUCCCUAUAAGAGGAGACAAAAAAAAACGGGCAGCAAGAGCAACAUAUAUACACAUCGUUAAAUCAGGCAGCAAUCGACACAUUACGCAAAGUGGAUCAAACAGAACAGAGGGAAAGAUUUAUGAAAAAGGAGAAAAAAAAAUCAAUCCCCAUAUAUUGAUAUCACAUCAAGCCCCGCACAAGCUCGGCGGUACGCAAUAAGCCAAUCCACUUUUCACCCGCAUUGAAUAGUCAAUUAGCGCUAUAAAAAGGCACGCGGGAGCAAAAAUCGCGUUUUGUUUACUGUGAUUCGUUAGUUUUUUGUGGUUUGUUCUACUUUUUAUUGUGCUAACACACACACACAACAAGAGGGUGGAAAGCAUCCACCUACCUUACCCUCUGUUCCGUUACGCUUGUGUCACAUAAAACGCCAGCAACGCCAUGUCCUGGGUGUUUCACCUGCUGUGGAUGUUUCUGGUGCUGAUGCUGUUUUUCAUCGUUUUGCGCCGAAUAUAUUACUUCGGACUGCAUGUGCAUCGACCAGCAGCAACCCCAGCCACAUCGCGCACCCAAACUUCACAACGCUUCGCCGUUUUCACCAUCUAUCAGAACGAACUACGACCAACCGGCCAACAGCGACAGCCAUCGGAACGUAGUCAACCUCCUGCAUAUGCGGAACCACCGCCUCCUCCAAAGUACGACGAGGUGAUAAAAUCACCGGACCUGUUCCAGAAACCACCACCCUACACAGCGACCACUGAAGCGUAAAGUCGCGCGUUCCACUUACAAACAAGAAAAACACAUAAAAAAGGUUUUAAUUUUAAAUAACAAACCUACCAAAUGUAA